UUUACCUUCUUUUACAUUUAUUAUCACAAUUCAAAAGUUUUGCACGAUAAAUUUAUUUUAUAACAAAUAAAGGUUUAACACCGUGUAAUACGGAACGUCUAAUUUUUGUUUACAUAAAAAAACUGGAGUGUAAUGUCAUAACUGGUCAUAACAAUUCGUAAGACAAAUAUCAUUGGGUAUUACCUUUUAUCAAUAUAUUAUAGUUUUUAAUAAGCUUGUCGAAUAAUAAAGCGAAAUGUCUGGCGCGAUACCUAAAAUACAAAUAUUAUCUCUCUAUAAAUUGCUUCUCAGAGAAUCCCAGAAGUUCCCUAACUAUAAUUUCAGAGCAUACGCACUAAGAAGAAUUCGAGAUGCUUUUAAAGAUAAUAAAAAUGUGUCUGAUGUUAAGAUUGUGAAGAAAGAGUUUGAAUUUGGAAAAGAAAAUUUAAAUGUUAUCAGGAGACAGGCAGCCAUUGGAAAUAUGUAUAAAACAGAAAAACUUGUUAUCGAAAAUCUGCGGUAGCUUCAUGUUUAUAAUUGUAUAUUAUUAUGAAACAUCUGUAAUGUAUAAUGUACAUUUGACUAAUAAAUAGUAUAAUGCAGA